AUGAAAUCUGGGUUUUUACUGUCCACUGAUCCCAGUGUUUCCGUUUUAAGUGAGAGACCUAGGGAAUCUGACAAAACUUUGGGCUCUCGCAAGUACAAAUACGACGACUUUGACUUCAACCGAGCCAUUGGAACUGGCAAUUUUUCUACAGUGUGGCACGUGACUCUGAAAACGGACCCUCACAGGUCCUUUGCGAUCAAAUCAUACAACAUUAACGAUGUUACUUCGAAAAAUCAGCACGUUUUUGUUAAACAGGAACGGUCUGCUCUGUUACACUUAAAUUCUCCUGGUCACGAGAACGUCAUUAAACUCGUCGGCACUUUCAGAGACCCCUCUUACGUGUACCUCGUCUACGAGUGCGCCGAACUCGAGCUCUGGGAGUUGAUCAAGCACUGCGGGUCAAUUUUCGACGAUAUCGCUCGACACUUCUUUCUUCAAAUCAUCGACGGCUUGGAGUACAUCCACUCCAAGGGCAUUGUGCACCGGGACCUAAAGUGCGAAAACGUCGUGAUUUCCGAGGGCACUUUGAAAAUAAUAGAUUUCGGCUCGUCGAAGUUCCACACUGACUCAACCACGACCCGUUCUCAGUGCUUAUCUGCUCCUGCUGAUCCACAUUCCGUUGUUGAUCCUGACGAGCCAGCCGUCGACUCUAGUGAGCAGCACACGGGGAAUCUGGACGAUAGCAGUCACCAGCCUGGCAGUUCGGAUCAGAACAACGGCUCCGCAGACUCACGCGGGUACCGGAAGAGCCGGGGGACCCGGGUCUUCGAGAACUACGUGGGCACUCCCAACUUCAUGGACCCUCAGGCCAUCUCGAACAGGGACGCAGGCUUCAGGCGCGACUUCUGGAGCCUCGGCUGCCUCCUCUACCAGCUGCUCUGCGGGCGCCCUCCCUUUUCCGGCUCCACUGAGUACUUCGUGCUCAAGCGCGUGCGGGAGUUCGACCUCGUCUUUCCUGACUGCGUCAACUCUGACGCCAGGGACCUCGUCCGGCUCCUCCUCAGCUCCAACGAGCAGCCACCGCUCAGCUUCCCGCUGCUUCGCCAGCACCCCUUUCUCAGCGUCAACUUGGACUCAGUCAACUUUGUGCAGCUGCUCGAGCAGUCCCGGGAGUGGCGCCGCAUCUGCUACCGCAUUGGCGACCUGCUCAUUCAACUCACUCGUUCUCGGUCUCCUGACACUACUGUGGAGUUUAAACACAAAUUUGACGACUGCAUUCGCAGUCUCAAGGACUCUGCUAAGAACUCUAAUAUGCACGUAAUGGACCGGUUAGUAGAUUUAAUGUUCUGGUCUCUUGAGCAGACCAAACUUGAAAUCGUUACUGAAACCUUCGAGGCUGAUCGAUGGUUAUCUUGA